AUGGAAAGGGAAAAUGUGAGCUUUCCCAACACUUUUGUGCUGCUGGGCUUCUCAGAGUUUCCGUGGCUGGAGAGGCCUCUCUCUGCAGUGGUCCUCAUCUCCUACCUCCUCACCCUGGUGGGGAACAGCUCCAUCAUCCUUCUUUCCCUGCUGGACCCCAGACUCCAGACACCCAUGUACUUCUUCCUGGACAACCUCUCUCUUCUAGACCUCAGUGUGACCUGUGCCAUUGUGCCCCAGCUGCUGGCCAACUUGUGGGGACCAGACAAGACCAUUGCUGCCUGGGGCUGCAUCACACAGGUUUGUACUUUCAGUUGCACUAGCUGCACUGAAUGUGCUCUGCUGGCCAUGAUGGCCAUUGAUCGCUAUGUGGCCAUCUCCUGGCCCCUCCAGUACACUCUCAUCAUGCGUCCCUGGGUGUGUGUGCAGAUGGCAGCUGUAUGCUGGUCCAGUGGCCUGGCCAAUGCUGUGCUCCAAGCCACACUCACCCUCCAGCUCCCCCUCUGUGGGCACCACACCCUGGAUCACUUCUUCUGUGAGAUACCUGUGCUCAUCAAGCUGGCCUGUGGGGACACCACUGCUAAUGAGCUGGCCCUCACAUUGUUGUCAAUCCCAUUUGGAAUGGUGCCUCUCCUGCUGGUAGUCAUCUCCUACACCUUCAUUGCUAGGGCUGUACUGAAGCUGCCUUCAGCUGAAGGCAGGCACAAGGCACUCAGCACCUGCAGUUCCCACUUGCUGGUGGUCACCAUGUACUUUGGGCCAGGCAUGUACUUGUACCUCCAGCCUUCAUCCAAGAGUUCUGAGGCCAAGUUCAUGUCUUUCUUCUACUGUGUUAUCACCCCACUGCUCAAUCCACUCAUCUACACCCUGAGAAACAAGGAUGUGAAGACAGCAUGGAAGAGGACUCUGAAAUCUCAGGGCAGGUUGAAGACUUUAAAAACCAGAUCUCUGCCUCUCUCUUGA